AUGGGUGGAACACAGUAUGGGAAAUUCCAAGACUUCUGUCGCGACGCGACGCUACCUAUAUGCAAUAUCCUCGUCACGAAUAAUCAACCACCUGGCCUGGCAUAUGGCGGCUGCGUGCUGCGCGGAAUAACACUGAGUAACCACCGCAAUCUCGCCAAUUUGGGUUCAAUACUGCUCUGUGGCAUUGCUAUUGUUGUCACACUGUUUCUGCUAUGGCGCGCGGAAAGGAAAGCUGCUGCGGUCGGUCGCCGGGAAAUGCAGAUGUUUCUGGUCGGAUAUGUGGUCAUUGAGAUCUGCGAAAUAUUCACGGUUGGCGGAUUUCCAUUGAACAACGAUGUGCGGAAAGGGUUCACGGCUGUCCAUCUGGCCGCCAUUGUAGCGACCAUGUGGAUUUUGCUCAUGAAUGCGGUAGUGGGUUACCAAUUAGUCGACGACGGCACACCAUUGUCAAUGGGGUUGAUCGGCUUCAGCGCCCUGGCAUUGUUCAUUGGAACUGGCUAUAUUGCCCUCGACACGGCCUUCUCCUGGACGGGGUUCUGGGACAGCUCGCUGGUCCCCCCGCACCAAAGCUACGCCCUCUACACGCUCUACCAGCUUGCGCCCUUGGUCUUCAUGUUCUUGUUCUUCAUCCUCGAAUCGAUACUGGUUCUCAAGAUCCUCGGCGAAACGAAACCAAUGGUCUACUUGGUCGCUGCUGCCCUCCUCUUUGCCAUCGGUCAGAUCUUUAUGUAUGUGAUAUCGAAGCACAUAUGCGAAGGAACCAGUGGCGACAUCAACGGCACCCUUUUCGAGACUCUGUUCACGCUGCUCAGUGUCGUGGCGAUAUUUGUCUUCUGGUCAUCAAUCACCGAAGAUGACUGGCCGAUCCAGUGA